AUGUCGGAAGGUUCUCGUCGGAGUAGGGUCACUAUCACUCUAGGUCGUAGCGGCCAGGUGGUAAAUCGAGAUGGAAGUGAUGAAUUUGAGUUGCCUAGAGCUGGGACCAAGCGGUCUGUCAAAGAGAGAUUAGGAAAUCAGUCAGAUAGUUCUUUUCACGGGAGUGAUGUGGUCAGUAAAAGGCAAAGAGGGGAAGCGAGUUUCAGUGGAAAUGAUUUGCAGAUCAGUGAAAACGAUCUCCGGUUCAAACUGAUGCGGAGAAACGCUCAGAAACGAGCUCAGAGCGAGGAAUGCAGCACUAUGGAUCUUCGUGCAAAGCUCUCCAGCAGGAGUGAACAGCAUCCUCCUCGCAGCCUUGAUACUCGGCCGAGGGAUGUCCCGUUACCUCCGUCAAGAACUGCACAUGGUUCCUCUCAGAGGCUUUCAUCGAGCAAUUCUCAUUCCGCGUGGGCCCUGGAUGACAUACGGCAGAGGUCUCCUCCAGAGAGAUACGUGAGCUCUUCCAGGGGCGUAUCUCCAUCAAGAAACGGUGGAAGUAGCAUUCGCAUGUCAAGGGAUCUAUCGCCGCCGUCAAGAAACGCUGGAAGUAGGAUUCGCAUGUCGAGGGAUCAAUCACCGCCAAGAAGUAGCAUUCGCAUGUCAAGGGAUCAAUCACCGCCGAGAAAUGCUGGAAGUAGCAUUCGCAUGUCAAGAGCUCAAUCACCGCCAAGAAGGAUAAUCAGCGAUCCGAGGGACCUUUCACCACCAAGACACGCUGGAAGGAUGAUUAGAAGUCCGAGGGCUCAAUCACCACCACCAAGAAGUGCUGGAACUGGAAGGGUAAGUGGCAAUCCAAGGGAUCUAUCACCUCCUAGAGACGCAAGAAGCUUCGGUGGUGGUGGUUCUAGAGCUCUGUCCCCAGCUAGAAAUGUGGGAAGCAGCUACAUAGGCUCUUCUCGUGGCUUCUCCCCUCCUAGGAAUCCCGGUGGCAGCUACAUCGGUUCUUCUCGAGGGUUUUCUCCUCCUAGGAAUCCUGGUAGCAGCUACAUUGGUUCUUCUAGAGGUUCUCCUCCUCCAUCUAGCAUUGAUGAUUUUCAUGGACGAAGUAGGAUUCUUGAUGAUGUGACUCAUGCGAGAGGCUCAUCGUAUGUAGUUGGAGCUCCAGCAAAUGGCACUACUUUCCCAAGGCCAAUGUUACCUCCACCUGUCCCGAAUCCUCAUCCGUUGCCUCCGUUGAGUCAGCUUCCUGCGCUUGGAACUAUGAUGCAGAACCGUCCCUUCCCUGUGGGAGAGCCUCUAACAGUUGAUAGCUUUCUUGAAUCAAUAGGACUGGGAAAAUACACGCUUGCCUUUAAGAGAGAGGAAGUGGAUAUGACUACGAUCAAGCAAAUGAAAGAAAGUGACCUUAAAGAUCUCAUCAUACCAAUGGGUCCAAGGAAGAAGAUACUUCAGGCUAUAGCCUGCCUUCCAAAUCGGUAG